AUGCAUGUCACCACAGCCCUCCUGCUCGCAGCCGCCCACGCCCUCCAGGUCAACCACAUCUUUAGGAGACCAACCCCCUUCCUCAACGAGAAGAACACAUUCACGGAAGAUGAUGGAUACAAGUUGCUCGAGGGCCACCGCGAGAAGCGCUUCAGCGUCGCGUGGGCGCGCGACUUGUUGCGACCGCCGAAACCCGGAAAAUUGGUGCUCGUAAGGCACGGCGAGUCCACAUGGAACCGCAACGCCACGUUCACGGGCUGGACGGACGUGGACUUGUCGGAGCGAGGUGAGAGGGAGGUCGAACAUGCUUCCCGUUUAUUAUUGGAAGCGGGUAUUUCGGUGGACGUCUGCUACACGUCGCGCUUGCGACGAGCGAUCCGUUCGAGCUGGAUCCUGCUCAAGGGCCUGGAUGCGGUCUACCGGCCGGUCUUCAAGAGCUGGCGGCUCAAUGAACGUCAUUACGGUAGUUGCAGUGUCCUUGAAGUUCGAUCGUCGCGUCGAUGGCGUCUUCGUGGUCUCACGUCACCGUGACGCCGUCGACGCGACCGCGACGCCAACGCAGGCGGCCUGACGGGCCUCAGCAAACCUCGAUUGGCCGAGGAGCUCGGCGAGGCGAGGGUCCAGGCCUGGCGCCACGGCCUCAGGGACCGGCCGCCGCCCAUGCCCUCGAACCACCCUUUAGAUGUGUCUUCAGACAGAAACUACGCGGACCUCGAGUCGACGCCGCGCACCGAGUCCCUCGAGGACACGAUGCAGCGCGCGCUGCCGCUGUGGCGCGAGCGCAUCGAGCCCGAUCUGAGAUCAGGAAAAACUGUCUUGGUCGUGGCCCACGGCAAUUCGCUGCGGGGGCUCGUGAAGCACGUCGACGGUGUCUCUGACGAGGCCAUCGUCGACGUGUCGAUACCGAACGGCAUCCCCCUCGUCUAUUCGUUCGACCGGUUUCCGUCCGGCGAUUUGAUCCCGCAUCGGACCGAGCAGAGUGUCAGUGCCCAUGUGUCCGGGGCUUUUUUGGAGGAGCGCGGGUUGUUGCGGGCAGCCCUCGAAGCGGAGGCGGAGCUCGUAAGGCGCGUCCCCGGCCACUUGAGACAGACGGACCAGCCCGCCGUGCGCGCCCUCGCGAAGCUGGAGCUCGAGCGAAAAUUAAUUGACCUCGCGGCGGAUCCGAGUCGGUUGGAACGGGCCGUGGAACGUUCUCGCGAGAAGAAGGCUCCGGCGGUGGACGCCUUGUACAUGGGCCUCCCCGCAGAAAGAGUCGUGACGAGGAUACCGAAGCAGUCGACGUGCCAGCCCGCGGCGUUCGCGGCAAGUGACGCGAUCGUCAUCCUGCGCCACGGGCGCACGGAGCACAACAAAUUAGGAUUAUUUACGGGCUGGGAGGACGCGUCUUUGGCAAAAGAAGGCAUCGCCGAGGCGAAGCGCGCGGGCCAGUUGCUGCGCGCGCACGGGUUUGCCGUUGAUGCAGUUUAUACCUCGUGGCUCUCGCGGGCCAUCGAGACGGCCUGGCUCGCCUUGCAGGAGCUCGACGCGCUCUGGGUGCCGAUCAUCAAGAGCUGGCGGUUGAAUGAGAGGAUGUACGGCGCGCUCACGGGGUUAUCAAAAAAGGCGAUCCUGGGCGAGCACGGCGAGGCCCGGUUCAAGCAGUGGCGGUGUUCAAACGGCGUCCACACAAUGCCACGUCGCCUCGACGCCGUCGACGUGGCCGCGAGAGAGCCUACGCGCCUCGUGAGAGAGUUGCCGCCGUCGUGACCACGAGAAGGGACGCGACGCGCGGCGAGGGCGUCGACGCGAGCCCAUACGCCAUCGACGCAGGCGCGGCUACACGACGCGGCCGCCGGCGGCGUCGUCCUUCUCGCCGUCCUACCCGGGCAACGACGAGCGCUACGUGCGCUAUCUCACAGAUGUCAGAUACUCGUUUCGCGAGUCGUUAGUUCGCUCAUUAGCAUCUGGCUCACUCGUACUCGCGAGAAAAAUACCAAAGGCCGAGUCCCUCAAGGACUGCAUGGAUAGGACUAUACCGUUCUUUACCGAUGAAAUUUAUCCGAGAGUUGUUGAGCAGCGAAAAUCAGUGCUCGUGUCCUCGUCAGAAAACGCCAUCAGGGGUCUGCUGAUGCACUUGUGCGAUAUCCCGUCCGAACGAAUCGCGGAGGUGGAGAUCCCGACGGGCUUGCCGUUAGUGUUCGACGUCAAGAGGCGAUGUUUGAGGCUCUUGGACGACGGUCGCUAUCCUGCGGAUCCCGCGGAAGCCCUAGCGAGGUGGAACUUCGGGACCGCGUCGGAUUUACUUUUCAGGCCCUGCGUGUCGGACGAUGAAGAUGACGAGUGUGCUGCGGAACUGCCCGACCCCGUGCUGCGGCUCGCGGAGGUGCCGUCGUAUUUGGAGGAUACUCCUUCUCCAAGUGUGGACGACAUGGUCGUCGGGGCGCUCAUGGGCGCGGAGUACAUGGGGGGGUAAGUAGUAGAAUGAAUAAGGUUAGGACCUCGGAUCAUCGAUCGGAAGGAGUGAAGCGUGGGGAAUGAUACUCAGGCCUUGAGGUCGACGACGGACCCGGCCUUGAUGAAGUCGUCGGAGGUGUUCAUGACCUCGCCGUAGACGAAGCGGCUCGGCUGAUCUUGGGCUUGAUCUCGUUGAAGGCCUGCGCGGUUUAACGGUCGCGUCGAUGGCGUAUGUACGGGACACGGGCACGCGCGGCGUCGAAGCGCGCCGUGUCUUUGAAUGAUUUCGUGACGUGGAGCACGCCGACGCCGCCCCCGCUGAGGUCGGUGGACACCUUGCCGUUGAUCGGCCCGCAGACGCUGUACUGGAUGUUCAAGGAU